ACAAUGAAGAAACUCAACGAAUUAUUCAUAAUCUGUUUUUUGCUGCACUAUUUGUACAGUGUUUGUACAACUCACUUGCUCAUAAAUGUCAAAAAUCAGGGUGGUGAUAUUCUGUUGGAAACAAUUUCUUCUAAUGUUACAGAAGAUGUGAUUACCUUAGAAUUUCAGUGUUCAGAUGGUACCCUGGUGACACAACUUAUUGACUUCAAAAAUGAAGUACAAAUUAUAAAAGCUUUAGUUCUUGGUGAGGAAGAACGUGGUCAAAAUCAAUAUCAAGUUUUGUGUUUUGUUAAUCACUUUUUCAAAGUGGACUUCAUAUCCUCUGAUGCAAUGUCUAAGUUGAGACAAAAAAAUCCAGGCACAGUGCGUGUGGCAGAAGAAGAUAAAGGUCACGUAAAUUAUACUAUGGAUUUAUAUUUGGAUGUAUCAGAAUCCAAAGAUAUUUCUAAACAUAUUGCAACCCUUUGUGGAGAGGCAGCUGGAUCUGCUUACACUAGGAAUGAAGAUAUAAAACAAUGGAUUCAAAGGCCAGGCUCCUCUGAUCUUUCACUUAUGGCAGCUGUGUACAACUUCAGCACAAAUUCCUUAACGCAACAAGGUACAAAUGGUUCAAGAUCAUUAUUUGUGACAAGGUGUGCAGAUACAUCGAAUAUGUGGGCACCUUGUACAUGCUCAUUAGAAUUAUGUAUAGGGUGGUAUCCGUGUGGUUUAAAAUUUUGUAAGGGCAAAGGUGAUGGUAAAAAAGCAGCCACUCCAUACAAAUGUGGCAUUAAGACUUGUAAAAAGUGUUUUAUAUUCUCAUACUAUACUAAAAUGAAGCAGAAUUGUUUAUGGGAUGAAUGA